CGGGGGCGAGGGGGGGUUCCGUGGAAACAGGAUGAUCAGGCAGUGCCAUGUUGAAGCAACCCACCCUCCCCGCUGCCUGGUCCUGGCCGAAUCGGGGCUGACUGGAGCGCUUUUUCAGCUCUUACACCCAGGCGUGUCCUUCAGGAGGAGGAAGACUGUGAGCUCGCAGCCGCUUCGAAGUAGCUCCACAAUAGACGGACUUCAAGCUGCAGGCGGGUUCCCCUCCGAAGCGUUGCCCAGAAUGUACGAAUCGGGCCUGAGGAGCGAGGAGAGGAGGAUGGCCCAAGCCGAGUGGAUGAUGGAAGUGAGGCACAUGGCCAAGAAGGUGGCCUGUGGGCAGCUCGGCCUUCCGGUUGAGUACCCUCCCGGCGGGUGGACGUCGGAGAGCGAGGGCGAGAGCGUCAGGGAGGAGCUGGGCGCCGCCGGCACCAGAGAGCCGGUCCAGUUCUGCAGGCGCAGCGCUGGGGCAGAGCGGCUGCAGGCUGCCCAGGGGCUCGGGGCCCGCAGGCUGGGCAGCGCCUGCCAGGAUGGGGCCGACCCGGAAGCCGCACCGACACGCGAGCCAGUGGUCCUGGGGCUGCCGAACCGAAUGCCUCAACUCAGCGCCUUCCUCUGUAAGAGGGGAUCCAAGAGAGGAAGUCCCACCGGGUGGGCGCUGCUGCUGAGCAGAGUGGCAGAGGAGCUGUGA